GGCCCGCCAAGAUGGCGGCUUCCUGCGUGGUCCUGCUGGCGCUGGCCCUGACGCUGCUGCUGCUGGUGGCGUGGAAGCGCUGGCGGUGGGGGCGCGCGGCCCGCCACGUGAUUGUCGUGGUGCUGGGCGACGUGGGCCGCAGUCCCCGCAUGCAGUAUCACGCACUGUCGUUGGCCAAGUGCGGCUUCUCCGUGACCUUCUUGGGGUUCUGCACCUCCAAACCCCACGAUGAGCUCUUGCAGAGCGACAGAAUUCAGAUUGUGAGUCUGACAGAACUUCAGAGACUUGCAGUUGGGCCCCAUAUUCUCCAGUAUGGAGUCAAAGUUGUGUUUCAGGCAGUGCACUUGCUGUGGAAGUUGAUGUGCAGGAAGCCAGCAGCUUACAUCUUUCUCCAGAACCCUCCGGGCCUGCCCGCCAUUGCCGUGUGCUGGUUUGCAGGCUGCCUUUGCGGGAGCAAGCUCGUCAUUGACUGGCACAACUACGGCUACUCCAUUAUGGGUCUGGUGCACGGCCCCGGCCACCCCCUUGUUCUGCUGGCCAAGUGGUAUGAGACGCUCUGCGGACGCCUGUCCCACCUGAACCUGUGUGUGACCAAUGCGAUGCGGGAAGACCUGGCAGAGAACUGGGGCAUCAAAGCUGUGACUGUCUACGACAAGCCAGCAUCUUUCUUUAAAGAAACGCCUUUGGACCUGCAACACCAGCUCUUUAUGAAGCUGAGCCGCACCUACUCUGCAUUCAGGGCCUGUUCAGAACCCUCGGACUCGGGCAUGGAGAGGUCGGCCUUCACGGAGCGGGAUGCCCAGAGUGGAACAGUGACCUGCCUUCCUGGGCGGCCGGCCCUUUUGGUCAGCAGCACGAGCUGGACAGAGGAUGAAGACUUCUCCAUCUUGUUGGCAGCAUUAGAAAAGUUCGAACAGCUGAUCGACGAUGGAGAAAGCCUCCCUCCUCUGGUCUGUGUUAUAACAGGCAAAGGGCCUCUGAAGGAGUAUUACAGCCGCCUCAUCUGCCAGAAGCAUUUCCAGCACAUCCAGGUCUGUACCCCAUGGCUGGAGGCCGAGGACUAUCCCUUGCUUCUAGGGUCUGCGGACCUGGGCGUCUGCCUACACCGGUCGUCCAGUGGCCUGGACCUGCCCAUGAAGGUGGUAGACAUGUUCGGGUGCUGCCUGCCUGUGUGUGCCGUGAACUUCCAGUGCUUACACGAGCUUGUGAAACACGAGGAAAAUGGCCUGGUCUUCGAGGACUCAGAGGAGCUGGCAGCUCAGCUGCAGAUGCUUUUCUCAAAGUUUCCUGAUCCUGCUGGCAAACUGAACCAGUUCUGCAAGAACCUCCGGGAGUCAGAGCAGCUUCGAUGGGAUGAGAGCUGGAAGCGGACAGUGCUCCCUUUGAUUACGGACACGUGACCCCUCGGGCCAACGACUUAAACUCCUGAGGUGUCCUGUGCUGGACAUCAUAGAGAGACCCUCAAGCUGACACCCCUCCUUACCUUUCAUCUUCCUCCCCAGGAGCUGGCCUACACUCCCCUCCUCACAGCCGCCACUGCUGGCCAGUCCCUGGGCAGACUCUGUAGAUCAGCGCCUCCUGGUGGAUGGAAGCUGAAAGGCUGGCAUUGGGCACUGCUUGGGGAAUGAAGUUACUUUUAAUAAUCAGGAGUUUUUGUUGAUCAGGAAGCUGGCUUAGCCUGCUUUCAUCUUUGGAGGCUCUGAAUCCCUUCUCUCUUUUCUCUUCCUGUCUUAUGAGUCUUUCUUUCCCCCAGUUUAUGACUUUUCUGUUAUUUGUGUCGUCUUGAACAUCUCUGCAUCCUUGUUUUGUCUCCUGGUGUCUGCCUUUCCCAGAAUUGCUUGGUUGUGUCCCUAAUAUUUUGAUUCCUGCCUUGAAAACAGACUUUGCAGCCCACCGCCCUGCAAGGGCAGUCAGAUGUGCCACGUGUGCAGCGGGCUUGGCUCCGUGAGGGAUUUGCGUCCAGGUUGGGGGGAACAUACUUGGUUUGUUUUUUUAUUUGCGCGAAUGAAAUGCUUAUCUCUGAGCCAAAAAUUUCAUUUCUGAUUUAUGGUGAUUUUCUUAAGGACUAAGCCAGCUGGCAGAGAGGGGUCUACACGCUUGAACAGUUUAUAUUUUAUUCGAACAGUUUGUGGUUCCCGAUUCAGAAUUCAACAUUCUUCAAACAUUCAAGUCCAGUGCAAGUUUUAUCACAUUCUUUCCAGAACAGUGAUUUAAUUUUCACAUUAUUCUUCAAAACCAUUUAUAAAUCUACAGCAUUAGUUUCAGAAUUGCCAUCUCCGAGUGCUCUUCGUAGGGAAACAGUUUCUGGUCGUGACGAGGCACUUCUUCCCACGGGAUUCCAGCCCGGCCUGGAGACAGAACAUAUGCGUCUCAGGAUGUGGGGUUUGGGGAUGGGACACCACCCUGUCAGUGUGGGGCUUUGGGAUAGGCCUGGGGGUGUGUGGGGGUGUACAGACUACAGAUUUCCAGGCCCCAUCCAGACACCUGGAAUCAGCCUCCAGGGGUGGGACCAGGAAUCCCAUUUGUAAGCAGCUCACAGCAGCCAGGUUUGCUGCGUCUGCCCACUGGGCCGUGUGCAUCCCUGGAAAGUCAUGGCCCCGUCUGGGUCCUCCAUCCUGUUACCGGGCACAGCUCAGUAGGAGCUGAGGUUUGAACCCACGUCUGCCUGACAGCUCAGCCUGGUGCCUUCAGAGGCUGGACCUGUAUCAGAGGGGCUCACGUCCUCUGUGUAAGCACAGAUGUCUGACGAGCCCCUGGCAAGAAUUGUUUUGUCAUCAGUUUUUUAGAAAUGAAAAAUUAGUAUUUAUAAGAGUGAAAUACUAGACAUACAGUGUAUAAGUGUCAUGAUACUACCGUCCGGGUAUAACAUGUUAAUAAUAAUGUUAAUUGGUGUGUAUGGAGUUUCCCCAUAUGUGUAUUAACAUGACAGUUAUUUUUUUAAAAUAAAAAUGAGCUUAAAAAAUGAGUUUAUACUGUAUAUGCUGUUUAGCACUCAGCUUUCUUAAAAUACAGCGUGGAUAUUUUUUCACAUAA